GCAGCUACACGACAGUGUCAGCACAAGUAGCGCUAGCUGGCUGUCUUAGUUAACAGAGAAGUUAUUGCAGCAGUUGCAGUAGAAAACCAUAGCGUUUGCCACCUGACAUCAUAAGCGAAUCAUUAUGUCGGGACCGAACGAGAACAAGGUCGCUGAGAUGAGCUCGCCAAUAUUGUCUCAUGGGCACAAUGGCGGAAGAAUCAGCGGAUAAAACAGGCCGUGUGAUACUUGCCCUAAGUCAGCUGCGGCAGUUGUCAUCCGCUCUACUUGUUUAUGAGUGAGCGUAUCUGUCAUUAAAAAACAGACUAUACUCUGUGCCUGCCAUUUGAUAGACCUUGAUUAAGCUGUAAUUGUUGUGCGUCUGGUUAGUUCUACGAGUCGACAUCGCAUUUAUAUUCUAAACGGAGGAAAAACCAAGAGUGCUAUUAGGAAGGAAAGAAGUGUGCAGUAGUACAGUGUACGCGUGGCUGCGGCUAUCGGCCAACGGGCUGCUUGUGGUGGCAUUUGGUGACGUCUGCACAUAUUGCAGAGUGCUAGAGGCUGUGGCUGAGCAGAUCAAGUACAUUAUUGGGGGGUCAUCGUAUACAUACGAUGUUCACUGCAUAAUGUUUCAAAAGCUAGAUACGAGAUUUGGAAUAACUAUCGUUGCAUCUGAAUACCCGUCGUUUAUAGUUUUGUGUUAAUUGAAGCCCGGUACAUUAGUGUUUGUGUGUUAAGCAAGGAGUAGUCUUUUGUCUGCUUUGUGUGACCAACGAGCCAUACGAAGUUCUAUUAUACACCAUGAUGACGGCGACUGAGCCUGUGAGCGCUGGAGCUGGGGUUCUGAGCGAUGCGGAACAGGAAGAGCUUCGUGCGCAGUUGGCAGAGCUCGAUAGAGAGAUGGAGACUCUUCGCGCAGUGCUUCAGUCGAAGCAAGAGAAAGCGCAAGAACUUCGCAGAAAGCUCGGCAUCAGCCCUCUUAGCGAGCUCAAAAGCGACCUUGAGCAGUCGUUCAAGAAUAUUCAGGAUACACAGGCUUACCAAAAGACGUCUGACGUUGUUAAAGUGGCUGGCGAAAAAACGAGUCAACUAUUUGGCAGCAUCGGCCGAAAGCUAGGAGAAAUGAAGAAUUCACCAACGUAUCGCUCCAUUGAGGAGCGUAUGGGAUCGGCGUAUACCAAUGUCAGAACAAGCAUCUCGUCGCGAAGCGGCAGUCUCUACUCGUUUGGCGAUGCCUCAGUACCUCAGACGCCAGCCACGGAGGAAAAGCCUAUCGCGGUAGCUGAAGACGCCAACGGGCAUAAGUAGAUCGUCAAGCAGGUUUCCUACGAUUGGCACUUCCAAACAUAUAUACAAAUAUAUUUACAUACAAAUACAUAAAUCUAUAUAAAAUAGUCUACCAUUAGAUAUAAUGUGUUAGGAAAGGAGACAGUGUUGCCGAAUAGUUGAAAGGUGGAUGAUUACCGUUACAGAACGACUUACUAACCUACGUUUCGUUGGCCUUUCAUUUCGCUAAGUAAGAGAGAAAAGUAGCAAGUACUGUAGAAGACGUCUCGGAGCGAACGAUAACAAUAGACAGGGCGUAACGUAAGAUGUAGUUACUGCAGGUGGAGGAAUCAAGAUAGAAUUAUAUUGUGAAAGAAGUGUUUUUACGACACAGGUUUUUUAGAGUCAAGAAGAGCUCAGGGUCAAGUACCUAUUGACAACGGAAAUAAAUUUAAUAUAAAAGCGAAAACGAUUACAUUUGGGCAUAUCGCACGUAUUUAUGUAAAAGAUAUAUCUAUUUGUUUUCAUUUAAGAGGAAUAUCUAGCUAUACAUGAACGGAUUAAGAAAUGGCAAAAAAAUAGAAUUUUUUCGCUGAGUAAGUUGACACCAAGUAUGUUAUUUUGAAUCUCUCAUUAGUCGACAAAAAAGAGCGCAAAUGUGAGACGUUCUAUCUCUGUUGUACAUUUAUUAUCAUUGUGUUAUUAGUCUAAACUCCUCUUAACUCUCAAUGGACAAAAAGCUGCUGUGCUGUCGGGUUCGUGAAUCAUCUUUGGGAACAAAUAUAGAAACAAAGUGUAAUGUCGUGCACGGAGCCGACAAAAGGAAAACAAAGUUCCAGUGCGAGGCGAUUCACGCAUUACGUGUACGCAUGUGAGAGCACUCAUCCGAUCACGCGGUAUGAAGCAUUAUUAGUAGAUCUAAAUUAUGGAAACAAGGUUCCGGUUUGUGAAAAUUGGAGAAUUCUUCAAACGUAGCAUUGAAACAAGGAUUAUCAUACUCAUGUAAAGUCUGUCACUUGGACCUUUUUAUAUAUAUAUGUGACAUGGGAAUAAUUAAAUAAAGAGCGAAGCCUUCGUCUUUAGUGAAUAUUCACAAAUGCGAUGUUGUACGCGAAAGAAGGUGUUAUAAA